GAAUAUAAUUUAUCAUUUGACGUCUGACAUCUAAUUUUUUGCUGUUUUACUGCAAAAAUUAAGCAGCUCGUCGUCGAUUUUGUGAUUUUUGGAAUUUGGGAAAACAUUGCCAAAAUUGCAAAGAAUGACUACUUAUCUGACCGACAGUGAUGGGAAAUUUAUUCCAGCGACUCAACGACCGGAUGGUACUUGGCGCAAAGCUCGCCGCGUUAAAGAUGGCUAUGUACCACAGGAAGAGGUGCCCUUGUACGAGAGCAAAGGUAAGCAAUUUGCGCAACGUAAGAGCACGCUUCCGCCUGGCAUGUGCCCCCUUGUGGCCGAACAAACCAAAAAAGAGCGAGAAAAGCUAGAACGUGCUAAAGCAAAGAAGGCGGCAAAGCAGCAGGAAAUCACCGAGACGUCUAAAUCAAAUAAUAGUGGAACGAGUAACAAUAAAAAAGUUAAACAAACUCAAUCACAAACACAACAAAUACCUGGGUUUCUCGUUCUUCCUAACAAUGGAACACCUAAGGCAACCGACUCCAAGGUUAACACUAGCGCUAAUAAGACGUCAAGUACAAAUAACAACGACGCUGUUGUUAAGUUAGCUAGCGACUUGCAGGCCACUUUACAAUUGCAAGCAGAUGAAGGACUGGAUACAUCGAAAAAACUGAAAAAGCUUCGAAAAAAGUUACGUGAAAUAGAGACAAUCGAGCAGAGAAUCAAAAGUGGAGAACUUAAGAAACCCGAGAAAGAUCAAUUGGAUAAAGUGAAGCGAAAAAAGGAAGUAAUAAAAGAAAUUAAACAGCUUGAAGAGGAAGAGGAAGCCCUUAUGUAAAGUCAAAGGAAGUGACUAAAUUAAGCUUGUCAAACUCUUAUGUGCACACUAUGAAACUCCAAAGUGCCAUGGAAGAAAUAACCGAAGCUCUAUACUUGCUGUACGUCACCACCCACUGAUUAUCUGCCCUUCAAAACGGAUAACCUCAGCAUACAUAAAUAACUGUUCUAGUGCUAAUAAUUUUAUAGUUUAUUGUUUUAUUUUACACAAACAUUAUUGGGUUUCUUAUUUGUGCCCUUAAAUAAGCCGACUUAUAGAUGUAAUACUGUUUUAAUAUUUUAAUUUUGUCUGCGCGAGAGAGUUGAUUCAAAACAUAAUUUUGGUAAAUAGUGUGCAUUAACAUCUAAAACAAUCUAUAGUUUUUUGUUUGUGCUGAGUUUAAUCGAGUGUUAAAUUAUAUAUAUACCGUAUUGUGUAAGUGUUAGAAUUUUGCAUGAUUUGUUUUAAUAAUUAUACGUUCGUUUUAUCUACUAAAUUGUUAAACAUUUAUUUCAAAGCAUUAAUUGCAUCAUAUACAUAUACAUUAACUAAGAUUAGGCGAACAAAUCAGUACAGCUAUUUUUAUUUUUAUAACACAAAACUAUGUCCUUGUGAUGCUCUUUUUAAUCAAAGUUUUAGACUUCAAUUAUUUAUAUCAUUAUUAAGAAAAGUAUACAACUGCCUAAAACUUGCGCAUUCAAUUCUUGCAAAGACAAAAUAAUAACGUUAUAAUAUAAAUGAAAUAAUUAUGGUUUUAGAAUAAUAUAAAAACAGAGAUGGGGUGUUUUAGCUUGUGUAUAACUUUCGAAAAGCAUUUAAAAAAUGUCCGUACCAUUAUAAAGAUUGUCAAAAUAUAUUAAAUAAGUAAGCGUAAACAAAACAAUUGAAAAUUAAUCCAAAGAAGACGAUAAAUCAAACUGUAUAAAGCAGCCAUGUUACUUUUAUAAAAAUGUAGGUAUUUGUAAAAUAGAGUUUAAAGGUGUACGAAGAUGCUUCAAUAACAGUAAGUAUAAACGAAUCAUAAAUAUGUACUUUUACUUUUUAAAAAUAGUUUUACAAUUUUAUGUGAGAUCUAUUGUAGUUUUUACUGCAAAAAUAUAUAUAGUAUUUAUGUAUAGUUUGUAGCGAUGAAAUCAAUAUUGAAUACGAACAAAGUUGUGAAUCAUGUAAGCUCCAGCGACAUUUAAAUCCAAUAAAUGUUUAUCAAAAAAUAAAGAGUUUUUGUAACAAUAAGUAAAAAAUACAUAUUAUGUACAAUGAAAUAUCAAUAAAAUGCUUAAAUUUUGAUGAUUACCCAA